CCCCACUUCGAAAUAUAUCAGUAUUUCAAGAACCCUUCAAUAUGUACAAGAUUGCCUGUUUCUUGCUCGUCGCCCUCUUCGGAGUGGUUCUCUGUGUUCCCUCUCAAUACGAUUUCAACCAAAAGUGGGUGACUGGAAAUCUCUCAUAUCCGCUUCCCAGUAAUCCUCUCGUAGGUGGACUCGAUCCUUCUGGCUACAAGAUCUAUGUGGGUCGUGUUAACUUCACCGCCACAGUUGUGCCAGUGAAUGUGGUGGCUGAGACAGGGAUUGCGAGUGGCAACACCAACAAUGUUCCAUUCCAAACCAGGAACUAUCAUCUGUUGACCACCAAAGAUGACCUGGACUAUCAAUGGAUUCGCAGUUAUGAUGGACAUCUGGAAGAUUAUGCUGUUACUGUGGGAACUUCUUCGUGGAACGAAAUGGUUUACAUUUGCCGCGCCAAGUCGGAUGGAGGAAUCAUCAUUGGAUCUUUGUUCUUAACGACAAAGAGAUGUCUGCUUACAGCUUUUGGAUACGAGUAUAUUCAUGCUGUCGAAAAGUACGAAGUUUUGGUGGCUGUUCCCAAAAAUGAAACCUCUUAUUAGGCAGAGACUAAUAAAAGACGUUGUGCAUUUAAAAAAAUUAUAGAAAAUUAGGCAAAUAAAUUAUAUUGCAUUAGAA